AUGUCUGCUGUGCUGCACAUGCCCGCAAUCAACACUGCUCCAUUCAUGCUGAAAGAGAAGCUUGGGGAUCCAUUUACACCUGCCUUUACCGCAGUCAAUGGACGACCAUCGCCGCCCUCGCCACACGCGUCGACCGGACCACACGGCGUGACGGCCUGGGCCGCUGUACCACGGGACCCUAUCUCUCCUCCAGCCAGCCAUUCUAUCACGCCUGCCAUGGCAAACAGAGAUAGAUCCCCGGAUAGUCCUUACAAAAGGAAACGCUCGCUUUCACCAGAAGCCCGGCCACGUGGGUCUUCGAGGGAAACGCCUCCACCUUGCGGACCUUCACCACCAGUAUCCUAUCCCGAGCAAAGGUCAGCCCUGGAGCCGCACCAGCGCACACUGCCUCCUUUAGAUCGACUGCAAUCUGAUCGUCGUUGGGCUGCCGAGCCUGCCGAGUAUCAGGAACACCAUCAUCACGAGCCUCGGCCCCUGGACCCACCGCACCAUAUGCCACCAUCCCACAUGAGUGAUCCUAACGAGUACGAUGAAGGUGCCACAGAUCCUAACAGACUUAACCAAGAUUCUGAUCAGAAGAGAAGUGGACGAAAAAGACAGUUUGCCAACAGGACUAAGACAGGGUGUGGCACUUGCCGAAAACGCAAGAAGAAGUGUGACGAAGCCAAACCAAAAUGCAACAACUGCGUACGCGGCAACUUUGAAUGUGCAGGAUAUGCAACCAAAAUCCCAUGGUCAAAGGAUGGAGCUUCAAAAGCUCCACCGGCACUACAGGCGAAAGAGCGUGUGUCUUCGGCUGAGAUACCUGCCCACUACGCAAGGUGUGGUGUCUGUAAUCAGGUGCAUAUUCCUCAUUGCGAAUCGGUACAGAAGCCGUACCCAGAUUCUAAUGGCAGCGAUGGUGCUCGGAUCAGACCCGCGAGUGUAGACGACAAGGAGCGCAAACCACCCAGCAUGCCGAACAGUGGGACCAAGACCUGGACCGAAGCACCGCGAUAUAAGCCAGAGCACCCACCGCCCCCUCCACCCCCGCAACGGCACAACCCUCGCGUGUAUCACCAUACCCCUCAGUCUAUGAGCCAAGCCACCCCUAGUCAUCCUGCAAUAGCGGCACAACCUGUGCAGUACGUGCAGCCUCCCCCAUCUGUCCCCGUCCAAGUGCAAGAGAGACCUCCAGUUCAUGAUCAUCUUGCAACUCGCCCUCCACCACCUCCUCCAAUUGUAAUGGCCCCAAUGGCCCCAAUGGCAGCUGCUCCCCCGGCUCCCUCACCGUCACGCUAUUCACAUCCACCGCCACCUCCCAGAAGCGAGAAAGAUAAAAUGCUGUCCGGAGAGCCUUUUCUGCCAUACACUGAUCAGCUAGCCGAUGAGCGCGCGCUGUGUGCGGGGGCAGUGUUCCGCUUCAACAGCCUCAGCAAUGCGGCCGUGCAGAUCGCCUCAAGUGAGCGCGAGCGGCAGUUCGAGUACAUCAUCGCCGCUAGAUGGAUUUACCAUCGCCCAGGCGAACGUCGAGUUACCGGCCACCUUGGCGGUGGCAUUCAAGUUGCAAUACCCUUCCAUUGUGACUACGGUUACAACAUCUCUAUUGGAGAUAACGUUGUUAUUGGACCGGGCACCCAACUCCUUGACUCUGGAAGGAUUGCUAUUGGCAGAAACACAAAAAUUGGUGCUCGUGUAACCAUCCAGACCGUCAAGUCACCCGCCGACACCAAGGGGCUGAAGGGCACUAACGGCACUGAGAUUGCCGGAGAGGUCUACAUUGGUGAGAAUGUAUAUAUUGCGGAUAAUUGCCAUAUCGAAGCUGGUGUCCGCAUUGGUAAUAACGCAAUCAUCCGUGCCGGAUCUGUAGUUGUUCGAGACAUCCCCGCAGACUGUAUCGCCGUUGGCAAUCCGGCUGAAGUACGACAAGUCAACUGGAAGGACUGA